AUGGGCCCCAAAUCUGAUUUCAAGUUCAUCACCGUCGAUGCCACUGAAGGGAGUUUCCAAACUGCGAGCAAAUCCACCAGAAGUCAUGCUAUCCGAACUGCCAUCCAGAGGGGCCGUUCGGAGCUGAGAUCCUCGACGGCCUCAAUUUCACAAGACACCAUCAAGCAGAAGGCCCAGUUGAAGGGACGAUUCAGGUUGGCGGGAACAACGCUCAAGUCAACCAAACCCGAGAGUCCAAAGCAUCUGCAAGAACAAGAAAAAGAACAAGAAGAUGUGCAGUCAACUCGCUGUUCCCAUUCUCCAUCCGACAUUGCUGAGUUUCUGCACCAAGCAUCGCUGCCACCCUGGGUACAGAGACUGGGGAGCGAUAGCGCUGACCCCUUCAAUACGCUACCUAUUCCCAGUAGUCCUUGCGUGGACUCUCUGGUGAAAUAUUUCACCACCAGAUUCAAUCUCAACUCCACUACGAUCGAUACUCAGAGACCAUGGUUUCCCUAUGCUAUGCAGAGCGCUCUCAUCAUGCGCGUUACGCUGGCCUUGGCAGCAGAGUUUCUGACCGCCACCAUGCCUCUCCUUGACUUCAAGCUCCAGCGCGAAGGGUACCAGCAAAAGGGGGAGGCGAUGCGGAUGAUCAGAGAUCGUCUAGCUUCUCAAGAAUCUGCCCGUAGUGCAAGCAAUGACCUCUCUGUUCUUGCUGGCGUGGCCAUGCUGGGAAGCGUUGAAAAUCCCUCCCCCAGGAUCGACAUCCAAGUAGCCUCGGGUCUCGGAAGAGUGCCAAAGUUCCCCAUGUUCCACACUGUCGCGCAGGUGUCACUCCCGCCGUCGGUCACGAAUCGCGCAAGGACGCCUUCCCUGCGACACCUGGAGAAGCUCGGCGGCCACAACCCCGACGAGAGCGACGAGCCGCUGAGGAUCUUUGUGGCGCUGAGGCAGGCGAUUCUCUCGCAGGCAGGCGGUGCCGUGUCCGUGGCCGCAGACGACAUCAGGAUCGUCAUGAACACGGCUGAUAGCACAAUUCUGCACUUUUUAUACGUGGAGCGCCGGACAGCGACGCCAGUGCAGAAACGGUUCCUAGUUCUCGUCUCUGCGGCCCACGUAUUUCUUUAUACCGUUUUGCGAGAGAUCCCGACGACGGGACACAUGGUACGGGUCCUCGUCAGGCGGAUGCGCGACGCCCUCGAUGACGCGGAUUCCAUUGCACUCAUCUGGGUGUCUCACGAUGCCGCCUUGUUGUGGGUUCUCUUUGUGGGCAUCGUCGGGUCCGGAACAACCGAGGACCGCGAGUGGUUCUCGUCGAGACUAAAUAGCUUACUGGAACGAGCCAGGGGUAUUUUGCCGCCGGAACGAUGCAGGCGCGAGAACCUGCAGCAACUCCUUUCCGGGUUCCUCUGGCGGGAUAAGCAUUGCUUACCAGUCUUGGAUGAAGUAUGGGCAACGUGGGAGCGCGGCCAAGGCGGUACUAGUGGUGGUGGUGUUGGUGUUGGUGUCAUGUAG